AUGACUAGUACCCUUACAAAUUGUGAUCAUAUCUUAUCCAUUCCUGAUUUAAUUGCCAAGAAACGUGAUGGUGUAGAAUUAAAUACAGAUGAAAUACAGCAAUUUAUUGCAGGACUUUCAAAUGGUGAUGUUCAAGAUUGUCAUGUCGGUGCGAUGCUUAUGGCAAUUUUUAUUAAAGGUAUGACUGAAAAAGAAAUUUGUUCAAUGACGACAUCCAUGCGCGAUAGUGGUGAACGUUUACAUUGGCCACAGUUUCGCGGUUCAGUGGUUGAUAAACAUUCAACAGGUGGUAUCGGUGAUAAAAUCAGUAUUCCGUUGGCACCAGCAUUAGCUGCAUGUCAAUUAAAAGUCCCGAUGAUGUCCGGCAGAGGUCUAGGUAUUACUGGUGGUACAUUAGAUAAACUUGAAUCUAUGCCUGGCUAUCAGACACAAUUAACUGAUAACCAAAUUUCUGAAUUAAUAUCAACAGUUGGUUGCGGAAUUUUCUCUCAAUCAGCUAAAUUGAAUCCAGCUGAUCGUUAUUUAUAUUCUAUUCGUGAUGUUACAGCAACUGUGCCAAGUACUGCAUUAAUUGUAUCAUCGAUCUUAUCGAAAAAAUCGGUUGAAGAUGUCGAUGCACUUGUUCUUGAUAUUAAAUUUGGUUCAUCAGCAUUUAUGAAAACAACUGAACAAGCAGAAAAUCUAGCUCAUUGGCUAUAUAAAGUAUCGGAAAUGCUUGGAAUGCGAACAUGCUGUUAUAUAACCGAAAUGAAUAAUCCAAUUGGAUAUUGUAUUGGAAAUGCCAUUGAAAUUGAAGAGUCCAUUGAUCUUAUGAAAUAUAAACCAGGCCAUUCGAAAGAUUUAGAAGAUCUAGUGUGUGAACAAGGUGGUAGACUUCUUGUAUUAACACAGAAAGUAAACACAAUUGAUGAAGGUCGAGAAAUGCUUCGUGAAACAUUUAAAAAUGGAUCUGCUUUACGAAAAUUUCAUGAUAUGAUUAUUGCCCAAGGCGUUUGUGAAACUGUUGCAAAACAAUUAAUCAGCGAUGAUGACAAUGCUAUUGGGUCGAUUUUAAAACUUAGUGAUAUGAAGUAUCAAGCUAUAUCAUCAGAAACUGGAUUUGUUCAAGCUAUUGAUUCUUUAAAGCUCGGCACUAUUGUUCAACGUCUUGGUGGUGGACGUUUGAAAUCAACGGAUAAACUUGAUUUUUCUGUUGGUAUUCGUCUAUUGAAACAUAUUGGAGAUUCUGUUGAAAAAGAUGAACCAUGGGCAACAUUAUAUGCGGGCUACGAUGCUUCACAUCAUUAUCCGAAAUUUUUAGAUGAUUUCAAUGCGUCACUUACUGUUAGUGCAUCACCUGUUGUACCGUUACAACGUAUUUACAAAAUAAUGGGAUCAACAUAG